GUGUGUGUGUGUGUGUGUGUGUGUGUGUGUGUGUGUGUGUGUGUGUUUCCCAGGAGGGCUUCGACAAGGCCCUGGAGGAGGCAGGAGGUAAGCUGGUGGUGGUGGACUUCACAGCCACGUGGUGCGGCCCCUGUCAGAGCAUCGCUCCUUUCUUCAAGGGUCUGUCUGAGAAUUAUCAGAGUGUGGUCUUCCUGAAGGUUGACGUGGACGACGCACCGGAUGUGGCCAGUUUCUGUGACAUCAAGUGUAUGCCAACAUUCCACUUCUACAAGAACCAGAAGAAGGUGGAGGAGUUCUCAGGGUCCAAUCAGGCCAAACUGGAGGAGCUGGUCAACACUCACAAAUAAACACACACCCGUCUGUCUCCUCUCCUCUCUUUCACCUGUCUCAAUUCACCUGAGGACGCCCCAAAGCCUUCCACCCUGUCCUCAACUGAUUUGACAGGAUGCCUGAAUGCCUUCCACCCAAUCCUCCCUUUCUCUUCCCCCAAUCUACAUAGAAUCUGCCUUCCACCCAAUCCUCCCUUUCUCUUCCCCAAUCUACAUAGAAUCUGCCUUCCACCCAAUCCUCCCUUUCUUUCCCCCAAUCUACAUAGAAUCUGCCUUCCACCCAAUCCUCCCUUUCUCUUCCCCCAAUCUACAUAGAAUCUGCCUUCCACCCAAUCCUCCCUUUCUCUUCCCCCAAUCUACAUAGAAUCUGCCUUCCACCCAAUCCUCCCUUUCUCUUCCCCCAAUCUACAUAGAAUCUGCCUUCCACCCAAUCCUCCCUUUCUCUUCCCCAAUCUACAUAGAAUCUGCCUUCCACCCAAUCCUCCCUUUCUCUUCCCCCAAUCUACAUAGAAUCUGCCUUCCACCCAAUCCUCCCUUUCUCUUCCCCAAUCUACAUAGAAUCUGCCUUCCACCCAAUCCUCCCUUUCUCUUCCCCCAAUCUACAUAGAAUCUGCCUUCCACCCAAUCCUCCCUUUCUCUUCCCCCAAUCUACAUAGAAUCUGCCUUCCACCCAAUCCUCCCUUUCUCUUCCCCCAAUCUACAUAGAAUCUGCCUUCCACCCAAUCCUCCCUUUCUCUUCCCCCAAUCUACAUAGAAUCUGCCUUCCACCCAAUCCUCCCUUUCUCUUCCCCAAUCUACAUAGAAUCUGCCUUCCACCCAAUCCUCCCUUUCUCUUCCCCCAAUCUACAUAGAAUCUGCCUUCCACCCAAUCCUCCCUUUCUCUUCCCCCAAUCUACAUAGAAUCUGCCUUCCACCCAAUCCUCCCUUUCUCUUCCCCCAAUCUACA